UGACGUCAAACUGGACAGGACUGUAAGAACUAUAUAAGAGAUAUCUUUCUUGUUGACCAAAGGCAAAAGGAAUAUUCAAGCACGCAUGAAGGUGAAGACCUACUGAAACUGGGUUUUGCCAGUACAGACCACCAGCAAUACUUUCUUCUGUACCAUUCCAGUGAUUUCAAGCCAUCUAAAAUCGAGUUCCUAAGAAAAAGAUGAGUGCCAUUAAGUUCCUAACAUUCCUGACUGCACUUUCCUUUACCAUCAGUUGGCUUGAAGCUACACCAGCAAACAGAUACUCAGCUGUUUCUAGUGAAUUGAUAGAGGAUUCCAGGGAAGGCUGGGCAUUACCAAUCCUGUCUAAAAACACAUUGCUGAGGCUAACUGGGACAAUUCCUGGACAGGGGCUGCAGAAAUCAAAAAGCAUUAGCCAUCACUUGGAAAAGAGGAAGUGUAAUACUGCAACCUGUGUGACUCAACGCCUGGCAGACUACUUAGUCCGAUCUAGGAACAGCUUUGGAGCUGUCUAUUCACCAACCAAUGUGGGUUCCAACACUUACGGCAAGAGGGAUAACAUGGAAUUGAUUAACACAGAGCCCAUCAGCUAUUUACAGUUUUAAAGCAAAACGGACCUGCUACAGACUGUAUUGUUCUAUGUAAAAACAUACAUAACUCUCAGAUAUUAAUACUGUAUGCUUUAGCAGUGCCUUUUUAUGUACUGUGAUAUGCAUGCUACUGUUUAAUUUCCUUCUGUAACCAACAUACCAUAAAUAGGAUUUAAAUAGUGGAAUUGCUUCAACUUCAGGGGAACAAUACAUAGAUAUUCAACAUGUAUUUGUAAAAUAACUAAAUAAAAAUGUAAUCAGCAAAUGAGCAAGAAACAAAAUUAAUUGCACUUGCAAUGACUACUGGUGUAAUAAAAUUAAAGGAUCUUUAUUUUCAUUUUUAAUCUUCUGAAUGUCUCCUUAAGAUAAUUUCCAAGGAUAACAAAUAAUAUUUUGGUUCAUAUAACAGAUUUCUACAUCCCAUUAGAAGAUUAUUUAGAUCAAAGUUCCUGAGAUUUAUCGUUUCAUUAUUUGACAGUUUUAAUAGUACAUUAUUUAUCCUAACUGCAAUAAAAUGCAACUGCCUCCAUUUUAAAUAAUAUAUAUUAGACUGAAAGCAAAUUUUAACAUAACGAUAUUUCUUUAUGCAAGCAGCAGCAAAUUGAAAAAUACAAAAAAAAAUAUCUGCAUAGAUUAAUUUUGGGGUGGUCUGGUAGAGCUGCUGGUUUAAUAAUGUAACUUAAAAACUUCCACAUUUUAAAAGUUAAGUUUGGCAAAAAAAAAAUCACUUCCCAUGUCUGUCAGUUUUUGAUAUUGUUGGUGUAUUUUUUAACAUAGUCUUGUUUGAUCCUUUGCUAUCAUCAGAUAACUUAAUAAAGGUCAAUGGCAGGAAAAGCCAUGCAGCUUU